CUUUAUCUCUCUUACCCCACCUCACUCUAUGUUUACAUGUACGGCAGUGUAUGUAUGUAAAUGUGUGUGUGCGCGAGUUUGUAUAUAUAUAUAUAUGUGUGUGUGUGUCUGUGUAUGUGUGACUACGUUUGAAUGUGUGUAUGUUGUAGUGUGUACAUGUGUGUGCGUGUGCGCUCAUGUCUGUGUAGCACCCAGUUUGUCACCCUUCCAUCAAUAUAACUAUGUCAUUAUUGAUCCCUUGACAAUCUCGACAAACUUUUCCCCAUCGUUGUUUAUCUAAAGUUGUCCUGAACAAUGAAUUGGGUUGGUGGUUCCAGACACAGAAUCGGCCUUCGUACCGAGAGAAAAGUUCAGAAGGAAUAUUUUGAAAAGAAAAGGCAAAAUCGGAAAAUGAAUAAUUUCCGAUCACCAAAUAAAAAGCAUGGUGUUAGCCAAGACCUAAUUGCACUCCAUACUCUAAAUGCUGCUUAUCCUGGAUUUUUAAAAGAGAAAACCAAUCAAACAAAAAAGCUUAUUCGGAAGGUAGACAUUGAUAAAGGUAAACACCAGGUACAACGCUUUCAGGAGAUCGAGUUACCUCAUUCACCAAUUGAAACUCCUUCAAAACUGUCUCUUGAGGAUGCUACUUCUUGGAACAUAAAUCCCCGAUUUAUGCAAAUGAGCAAAAGAAACACUCAUUCAAGAAUAUCAACUGAAGAUGACAGUAUUAGAAGUAUUAGAGAAGUUUACAACAAAAAAGGGUUAAUGCCUGUUGAUUAUUCAGAAACUGACUACAGUUAUGCUACUGACCACAGUAUAAGUGAAACAUACUCUUCUCCCAGCACUCAACUGUCGGGCUUCGCUGUAGUACCCACCCUUUGUAAGAACGAACUGAUGGAACCUAUAGAAUCCUCAGAAUCUUCUUUCACAGAAGGUACUCAGCAUUAUUGGGAAAAUUCUGAAUUUCAAAAUACCAGUCCAAGAUCUAAAUACACCUCACCAUUUAUCACUACACUCCAUCAGAUUAAAAUGUCCAAUAAAUACAGUCAUUCAAAUGGAUCCUUGUCUCCCCUAUCUCCUGCACAACAAGUGAGUUAUCCUGUAUCUACAAUUGGAAGACCAUUCAGGCCAACUGCUCAGCUGGCCAGAACGAAGAAGGAAAUAGCCAUCAAUAAUUUCACUGAACUUCCUCACUCUCAAUUAUUGAAGAGUAUGUGCCCUAACCUGAGGAACAUAUCCUUCAUCAAGGAAGUGGUUAAGGGCCUUUCUUCCUGCAAGUGUGUUAGCAUUCAGCAAACUAAUGAGUUUUGGCAAAUACCUGUAUUUGAAAACCACACCAAGGAGACUAGUUGUAAUGAAGACCAAGAUAAAACAGAACCAGAAUAUUGCCGAAGAUGUGAAACUAAGUUGGACUCCAGCAUAAAAGACAAGCAGCACAUGGACAGUUGUAUAAUUCCGUCAAAUGCACCUGAAAACCCAACUGUUUCUCAGUUUUAUACAAACAGUCUGACAUGUCAAAUAGUGUCUCAGUCAAAAUUUAGUGAAGAGGUCUUCAACAAAGUGAAACCAUUAUUUUUAGAAAUAGACAGUAAUAUGAUGUCUCUGAGCCCUGUUAAUUCAUAUAUUCCUAUUACUGAAGUGGAGCACAAGGACACAGAAAAAGAUGGCAGGUACAAUUUCCUCAGUACUCCACAACCAAGUGACAAAAUCACAGAACGUCUCCAGUUAAAUGAAACUUCUCCAGAUCCCCAGUUGCCUAGAGAGAAAACUGACCAAACAGAAGUAAAUUAUGAGAAUCAGUGCAGCUCUGAAUUCAAGGCAAAAAGUCAAGAGAAUGAGUAUUUAACUCCUUUAUCCUCACCACCAAUCAAUGCUCAAACUCAGACAGAUUUUCAACAGAAUGUUGUCGAUGCUUCUACAUCACCAAUUGUUUUCCCACAAACUGAUCAGAUGAUACAGUGUGAUAUUAUUAACUCUCACACAGAAUCUCAGAAGCAGCUACAUAACAACCUGUUUUAAAUCACUACAGAAUCCUGUUAACUACAGUUCAUCUAUUCAAUGUGUUCUUUAAAUAUCAAUAUCUCACACAGCAAAUCUUACUGACUUACUUUACACUAUUUUCUGGUAACUUUAAAUAUUACUUUUCCACAAUUACUAAGUUAUUUUGUGACAGAAAUAAAAUGGAUUUUCCUAACACUCUACCAAG